UAUUUCUACAUCUCGUCAAAAAGAUACUCUGUUUCCGAAUGUUUCUCAAAUGUUCAAUGGUGGAAUGUAAUCUGUGUCACAGGAGAUUGUCUUACAUUGCAUGGCAUCUGGUGGAUAAGGAAAAUGUUGAAGGGAGAGUUAUCUGGCGAAGAGGUAUUAUUGAAGAACUGGGACGUCAAUCUUGUUGUACUGGGCCUUGGAUGUCUUUUAACUUGGUUUUCAUACGCGCGCUUCAUCAGGAUACAUAAUAAAUUUACCCUCUUAGUCAAAACCAUCCGAAAGGCAGCAGUUGAUAUAGUUUUUUUUCUUACUUGCGUAGUACUAAUGUUUGUCGGAUUCUGGUCAUGUUCUUAUAUUGUCCUAGGACCUUACCAUAUUAAGUUUAGGAAAAUGUCCACUGCUGCAGAAACAUUAUUCUCUAUGAGUCAAGGAGAUGAGAUAUUUGCGACGUUUGCCAUACUUCAAGACGAAUAUGCUGGGGACAAAACUGUUCAUUUUGUUUCUAAGAGUGGUUAUUUACGCCUACGUGUCUUUGUUUUACUAUUUUAA